AGCCAGACGACGCUCCACCUCAUAAUGCGUCCCCUUUCUCAUUUUGUUUCCCUCAGAACCUAGUGAUACCUUCCUUCUAUCAACUCUACAUACGCGCAACUACUUCUCAUUGCCUUCGUCCUUCGGUUGUGUUGGCUUUCUAUCGGGUCCUGCCCCGCCAGCUCCGCGUAUUCCCUCCUUUGACCAUUCACACGUGAAGACCGCGUCCACGCUCCUUCCACUAUGUCCCAGGAAGCGAAGACAGCACAAGAGAAACUUGCGGAAUCUACCCAGGAAACUCCGAACGGCACAGCUGCUCAGCAAAGCGACAAUGUUGCCCAUGCCCUUGCGGGAGCCGGAGGAGGCCUUUUGUCUAUGGCCUUGACCUAUCCUCUCAUUACGCUCUCUACACGCGCCCAGGUUGAAUCGAAACGCGCCCAAUCCUCCACCCUCAACGCUGCGAGGCGCAUCAUCAAACGGGAAGGCAUUGUCGGGCUAUACGCCGGUCUUGAGUCCGCUCUUUUCGGUAUUAGCGUUACUAAUUUCGUAUACUAUUACUGGUAUGAGUGGACCAGGGCCUUCUUUGAGAAGGCCGCUUUGAAGGCUGGCCGUGCUUCGAAGAAACUCACCACAGUUGAAUCCAUGAUCGCAGGUGCCCUUGCUGGCAGUGCUACGGUUCUGAUUACCAACCCAAUUUGGGUUGUGAACACGCGCAUGACUGCGCGAAAGUCGGAAUCGGAAGAGCAGGUGCUGCCUGGCUCGAAGCCAGCCAAAUCACCCUCGACGCUUGGCACGCUCCUUUCAAUAAUCCGGGAGGAAGGCCCCUCCCGCCUGUUCGCCGGUGUGAUGCCGGCUCUAGUCCUAGUCAUCAACCCUAUCCUGCAGUAUACCGUAUUCGAACAGAUGAAGAACAUGCUCGAGAAGAAGCGCCGCGUUACUCCAACCGACGCAUUUUACCUCGGCGCGCUCGGGAAGUUGCUGGCGACCAGCAUCACAUACCCGUACAUUACUGUGAAGAGCAGGAUGCAUGUUGCGGGUAAAGAUGGGCCAAAGGAGGACAUGUUCACGAGCUUCCGAAGAAUCAUCAGGGAAGAAGGCUGGGCAGGCCUAUACGGAGGAAUUGGUCCGAAGGUCACUCAGAGUGUCAUCACAGCGGCAUUUUUGUUCGCUUUCAAGGAUGCUUUAUAUGCGAUGACGGUGAACGCUCGCAAGAAAGUUGCACUGAAGAAAUAAGUGCAACGUAAACUCCAAAUUAACGCGCGUCGUCCUCUCGCGGUCGAAUUAAACGCCUCCAACAGGUGUGAUUGAGAUGUCGAAUACGAUGUUGUAUGACUAGAGCCCUACAAAAUACCGUGCAGUAGCAUAUAGAAUGGUUGCAUGUCCGACCCCGGAUUCCCACAAUCACUUAUUACUACUUGUAUAUACGCGCAAUUGAUGUACACGUUUUCGUCCUAGGGUCUGCGG